AUGGAUACUGCUCUAUUGAACCUUCUUUUAAAGCAACAAGAAUUUCAUAAUGGAGCUCCAAAGUUACCUUUAGAUAGACCAAAUCAACCAGAUACUUGUGAAUCUAUUUAUAUUUCUCCUCUUGCUACUAUGAAAAUGUUAAAACAUGCUAAAUCAGGUAUUCCUAUGGAAGUUAUGGGAUUAAUUCUUGGGCAAUUUGUUGAUGAAUAUACAAUUAAAGUUACUGAUGUAUUUGGAAUGCCACAAAAAGCAUCUACAGCAACAGUAGAAUGUAUCGAUCCAGCAUAUCAACUUCAGAUGCUUGAAAAAUUAAGAUUGACUAAAAGAGAUGAUGAAGUUGUAGGAUGGUAUCAUUCUCAUCCAGGUUAUGGUUGUUGGUUAUCACGUAUUGAUAUAAAUACUCAAAAGUCAUUUGAAGCAUUGAAUCCAAGAAGUAUAGCUAUAGUUGUUGAUCCAAUACAAAGUGUUAGAGGAAUGAUUUCAUUGGAUGCAUUUAGAUCAAAAGUUACUUCUCCAAAGUCAUUCGAUUCUAUGAAAGAUAAAUCAUCUAAUGAACCAAGACAAAUAACAUCAAAUGUUGGAAAGCUGACACGUCAUAUUCCAUUUUCAAUAAGAGCAGAAAUAAUGGAAUCAUUUUAUUAUAAAGUUAAUGUUAUUUAUACAUUAACGGAAACAGAAAAAAAAACACUUCAAGCUUGUACUAGAAAAAGUAAUAAAGAACUUAGCGUUUUUAAAUAUUCUUCUUGUGAAAAAGAAAAUAAAGAAUUAUUAAAAAAUUUAAUUAAAAUAUCUGAUCGUUUCAUUGAUGAACAAAAACCUUCAAUGUCAAAAAAUGAAGAAGAAGUUGAAUUAAAUCGUUACGGAAAUACUGUUGUAAAAGAAGAUAUUAUAGAUGCUGCAACAAAAAUUAUGAUAAACAAUUCACAAAAUUGUGCAAUUAACGCUUUGACGUGUAAUUUAAAAAUAAUGAAACAAUAA